GGUUCGAAUCCCAGCGAUGCCUUUUCCCCCAUCGUGAGUCAAGUUCUGUUGAUUGCAGGGAACCCAGUGUUUCAGCUGCAAUGUUAUUAGAGCAAUAUGCGAACUUGUCAGAUCAGACCGCCAGGGAAUCUACAACAUUGGGACACUGAAUAUGAACUUGGUUGUUUUUGAUCCAAGGGGGCGUCAACCUGGCUGGCCAAUAACAUUAGACUGAACGAAAGCGCAGCCUACCGUGAGGAAUUGUCCUUGCUUUCAUUUAGUCAGUCGGUCUACUCGAGGCACCUCGAGCGAAGUGGACUUGAGAGAUGGCGAACGAAGCAAAGCCAUGCCCAUGCGAAAUUGGGGACAGGAUGGAGUAUGGGGGACUGGGACAGGAGAUACAGAUUGAGCAUGUGAAUGCUUAUGUUGUAAAACCUGCUGUCAAAUCAGAUAAGGCCGUCAUUGUGAUUCAAGAUAUCUAUGGAUGGCAACUGCCCAACACAAGAUACAUGGCGGACAUGCUGUCCACUAAUGGAUAUAUAGCCAUUGUCCCAGAUUUCUAUUUGGGUAAAGAGCCUUGGAGUCCAUCUCAUGACUGGUCAAAGUUCCAAGAGUGGCUGGAGGACAAAAAGCCGACAAACAUCAACAAGGAAGUUGAUGCAGUGCUGAAAUACCUGAGGGAGCAAUGUGGGGCAAGUCGGCUUGCAUCUGUAGGCUUCUGCUGGGGUGGUGUAGCAACACACCACUUGGCCCUUCAGUACCCUGACAUCAAAGCUGGAGUCUCUGUCUACGGAAUCAUCCGCGAGAGGGAGGACCGAAACCAGCUGAAGAGUCCUACUCUUUUCAUUUUCGCUGAAAAGGAUGAGGUCAUCCCACUUGAAUCAGGUAGGGUGACGGUCCUAGAGGAGCACUUGAAAGAGAAGUGCACAGUUGAUUUCCAAGUCAAUUUCCCUGGACAGACACAUGGCUUUGUCCAUCGCAAGGAGAAGACAUCAACCCAGCUGACAAAUUGCAAUCAAUCCUUCAUGAUUUGA